GAGAGAGAGAGAGAGAGAGUACGGUUUGCCAUUUAAACGUUUGAAAAGAUUUUUUGAAUGAAAAAUAAUGAAUGAAAAAUAUCUAAAUAUUCAUCAUUCAUUUGUAAACUGUUCCAUAAUAAAUUUUAAUUUUUUAAUUGGCCGUAUUAUUAAACGAUUUAUGUUUCUUACGCAACGUAAUACUAUUAGAAAUGUUAUACUCGUUGAUUGUUCGCAAUACUCGCACAUCGAAUUAAUCUCUAUUAUCAACUCUUAACCUUUAUUUAAAUGGAGUAAGGAAAAGAAGAACUGAGGUCAAGGAAUUUAUCACGACGAACGUCGCAGAAAGAAAUAAUGAGAUAAUAUUCGCGGACUGAAAAAUAAAUAAAUUAAUUUAUCAUUCUUUUUACUGUUACCAAAUAUUUUUCAGUUUGAUAGUCAUAUAAAUCUCAAAGUCUUUUAUAAGAAGGAAAAUGAAAAAGAGACACAGAGGGAGAGAGAGAGAGAGAGAGAGAGAGAGAGAGGAGAGAGAAUAUAAAAGAGGAAGCAAAUAAUCACAAACAGGUUCACGUAACCUGAAAUAAUAAAGGAUGUCACCGAUGAUGAUAAAUCUAGUUCGUAAAAAAGAGAGACAAAAAAAAAUAGAGAAAGUAAAGAAAAAGAAACAAACAAAAAUAAACAAAAAAAAAAAGAAAAAAAGGAAAAAGAAAGAGCACGCGCUUUUAUGAAAUAAAAGCACACGAUGCCACGGAUCUCGGGAUCUAGAUCACCAUCAGGUGACUCCACAAAAGAUAACAGCCAUACUAUUUCUUUGGUCUAUCGAUCUGCUUAAGUCGUUUAAUCGUAAAGUAACGAUAGGGGUGUUCUGACAGCAGGAGACAGGGUGCAAUAAUAAAUUAGAUAGCUAAGUGAAAAGAUGGUAAGUACUUUCGUGACUAACAAAAAUUGUCAUUUUCUAGGGCAACGUUGUGACGUUAUAGACGAUGAAAAAAGAUCCCUCGACAUUUUUUUCUUUCAAACAUUAAAGUUCUUAAUUUUUGGUUAUAAAUCGAACAUUCUCUGUUUUCCUUCAUUGUCGGAUCGUCAUAUGUCUAUGUUUAUCUUCAAACAUGACAAAUUUAUUAUUACAUUCUUUUCUUUUGAAUGUUGCCGGCAACGUUUUUAUCCCUAAUGGAAGUUACGAAAAAACGAUCGACACUACGUUAAACAUCUUAAUGUCCUGUAGUCCAGUGACCGAAAAUAAAUUUCUAUUCGCCGGCGAAUAUACCGACGUUUUAAUUAAUCAUCGCCAUUUUUUCGGACGAACUACAAUAGCCCUAGUGGCAGAAUCCAAAAAUUCGACUUUCGAUCCGUUCACUUUGGCCCAGUAUUCAUUUUUUAUUUACAAACAAACGUAUCAGAAGUUCGUAAAAUUUCUUUACAGACUUCGUAUAUUCGUCGUGAUUACUUCCUCCCAACCGAUUCUUAAAUUGACCUUGAAAAGAAUAAAGGAAACUACGUGGGCUAAUAACAACGGAUAUUAUAUUCUAAUAGAUAAGAAGACAGCGGAACGUGGUUGUGAUAACGCUAAAUCGUAUCUUUGGACAGCUUGGCAAUUUGAUUUUUUAUAUUCGAUCUUUAUCUGCGUUGAUCCUGUCAAAGGUGUUCUACUUUAUUCUUACGAUCCUUAUACAGGUGAAACGUCAAAUAAUUGGAAGGAGAUCGAAAGAAUAUCUGGACGUAAUGGACAUCCUUGGCUUUUACUUCAAAAGAGAUAUGACAAUGAAUCAACAAUUUGUGAAUUUAAAGAAAUUAAUCGAGUCAAUACAUUUCAUGGUUACGAAGUAAGAUUGUGCGCGACAAAUACACCACCAUUUUUAUAUAUACGGAAAAAUAUCACCGGAUUGGAUAGAUUUAAAGGAUAUGACAGCUUGAUAGUACAAACGAUUCUUAAAAAGCUUAACACUACUAUGAAUAUAACGGUAAAGGAUCUUAUGUUAGGUGGUAUCGAUAAAUAUGGAAGUAUGACAGACUUGUUACAAGAAGUUGCAAAUGGUAUUUGUGAUGUAGGAAUGAAUUCCAGAAGUUUCACCAUGAUGUGGCAUCUGAGUUAUACCUAUCCACACGAUGAAUCUGGUUUAUGCGUUAUGUCUCAAGCAAGUAUCGAAGUUCCGGAGUUAAGAAAAUUUAUGAUACUUUUGACGCAACCCUUUAUGUUAGGCAUGAUGAUAUUCUGCAUAAUUACUCUUCUGAUCAUGACGAAAAUCGAUGGAUUCUUUGACGCCUUUUUAAAUGUAGAACGUUUGGUAGUAUGCGUCGCCAUAUUGCGCCCGCCAAAAAUAAAUUCUUAUAGAAUUUAUAUCUGUAUGAUAUUUAUACUCUCCUUAACCGCAAAUGCCGUUUUUCAAAGUCAAUGGUAUACAUUAUUAAUGGUGCCUCAAUUCUAUUCGAACAUUGACACUUACGAUGAUCUUAAGGGUUCUGGACAUGAUAUAUACGGGACUAUAAGUUUCAAAGAUUUGGUCGGUGAGGAGUUGGAAUCUCGUUUUCAUGAAUCAUCUUAUUCUGAUUGCUUUGAAAUAGUUAAAAAUACAAGCAACUCUGUAUGGAUAUCGGAAUGUCUUAAUAUACAUUAUAGAUUAAUAAACGAAACAAAUCUGUACAUUUCGAAAUCUAAAGUAAGGGAAUUCGUGGCUUCGUUCAUAGCGAGAGAAAAUUGGCCGAUCUUCAAAACGUUCAAUAAACAUUUGCAAAGAUUAGUUGAAGCUGGUCUGGUCUCUAUGUGGAAAAAGCAAACUAUCGCGUUUUUGCAUCAACAAAUGCAAUUGAAAAUAAUGAGCUCGACCGAAUUUAAAGUGCUUAAAUUUAAACAUCUUGAUUUUAGUUUUUACAUACUUGCAAUAGGCAAUGCUUUUGCUAUUUUCGUUUUUCUCGUGGAAUUGAUGGUCUAUCGAUAUCGUGACAAUAUCAAUGGGAUAAUUAAAAAGAAUCGUUUGUUGAGAUCAAAUCGUGCUAAUUGUUUCAAACAAGUUCCGUCGAUAUAAAUAUUAAAAUUUUACUUAUUACCUUUAAUCGUGAUGUUUCAAAUUGAUUCUUUUUUUCUUUUUCUUUUUUUCUUUUUUUUUUUUUUUUCUUUUUUUAAUGAUCUAUACAGACAAAAUGGUAAAAGCAAUCGUGCUACAAUUUUAUCGAUCUUCUUUCGUGGAAUAAUUGCGACGUUAUUGUUAAGCUUUCAUAUUAUCAUGUAUUAUCUCUGAAGAUCCAUAUGUAAUACUUACUUGUGAAAUUAUCCAUUGAAUAAAAUUUUUUUUCACAAAACUAUAAUCGUUACAAUACAUAAUCAUCCUACAAUUCGAUCGAUUUCCUUAAAUAAAAUAAUAAUUGCAGUGCCAACGUAAUAACAAAUAUCUAAAGAUUUUAAUGUAUAAUAUGUAUUUGUAAAAUUGGAU